GCUCUUCGGAAGGAGGAGCACCUGGGGAGCAGAAAGAAAAGAAACCGAUUACAAAAAGUGAGAGGAAAAUCGUAUAGACACAGCUACUCCUUACCGGAUAUAAAUGAAGGCGAUAUCUUGAAGUUGUGCUACAGUUUUUUCCCCUCCAGUCAUGGCUGCUUCAAGAACGGUUUUCAAACUGUUUGGAUUUUACCGCAGUCUUCCACAGAGCUGUGCCGUGUUUAAAACAAGCGCUAAUCCUCUGCAAACGCUCAGCCAGUGGAGUCUCCCAUACGCCUGCUGUAGCACUGUAGCACCAUCUAGUGAUCUUUCAGUGCAGUACAGACAUGGCCGCCCAGUACUGGCUCUGCCUCUGCCUUCCAGACAGGAGAAAUGCCUGUUCCACCUGAGACCUAUGAUCUCAACUGUCAGUGACUUUAUUCAUGACAUCCAGAGAGAGGAUCCAGGCAUCUCAACAGCUUCCGUACUCACCACAGAUGGUGUGAGGAUUGCCUCCACUACAUCAUUGUACACUCUUCUCAACAAGGACUUCCAGCUGUGUAUCAAUGGAGUCGUCUACAAUGUCCAAGCAGCACCAACAGAGUCAGUGCCAAUUGAGUCAGUGACGAGCGUGACAGAUAUGAAGGACAUGGUGCACAUGUUACACACAGCGCUGAACCUGCCUAAGCAUCACCUGAUAAAGGAAAGGCAGCUACAGCAGAAACUGGACAUUCUGAAACAAGAACUCAUGCCUCUAGAGCAGAUGAAGACUCAUCUUGUCAUGAGAGCUGAGCACAGGUCUUCGCGUGCUCUCUGGACCGGCUUGGCUCUGCUCUCAGUGCAGGGUGGAGCUCUGGCCUGGCUCACAUGGUGGGUUUACUCCUGGGACAUCAUGGAGCCUGUCACCUACUUCAUCACCCUCUCCACCAGCAUGGGGGUCUACGCCUACUACGUUCUCACCAAGCAGGACUAUGUUUACCCAGAUGCAAAAGACAGGCAGUUCCUUCAUUAUUUCUACAAAGGCGUCAAAAAACAGAAGUUCAGCGUGGAGAGAUAUAACGCACUCAAAGACGAGCUGGCUUCGGUAGAGGACGACUUGAGACGUUUGCGGAACCCAAAUCGACUCCAACUGCCCGUGGAACAACCCGAGCCCAACAGUCAUGCUGCACUUCCAUAAACAUUAUACCCUAAUAAUGGUGUUAUUUAUAAUACUGUUUACAGAUAUUAUUUCAUGGCCUACUUUUAGAAAACACCACAUUUAUUGCAAUAAUGUGCAUUAUUUGGAACAAAAAGAGAUUGAAAUAAAAACACUUAUACUGGA